AUGGCGUCGAAAAGCGUUUCUCCAUCCGACUUGGAGCGACAUGAUACAUUCAAGUCCGCUGGACGGAAUGCUUCACUAGAUGACAAUGACACUAACAAGUUGGGUGCCUAUGCAUCUGCUCCAGGUGUAGUCGAAGAUGUAGUCAGAGUGGUUGACCACAAAGCUGAACGAGCUUUGUGCCGACGAUUUGAUCUGCGAUUGCUUCCUAUAUUGGCCGUUAUGUAUCUGUUCAAUGCUUUGGAUAAAGGAAAUUUAGGAAAUGCGGAAACUGAUGGGAUGAGCGAUGAUCUCAACUUCAAACCUAACCAAUACAACCUCCUCCUGUCCAUAUUCUUUGUUCCAUAUGUCAUUUUUGCGCCGCCGUUCGCGAUGUUGGGCAAACGAUUUAGCCCUGCCAGAGUGCUACCUAUUCUCAUGUUUAGCUUUGGUUCUUUCACCCUCCUAUCGUCUGCGACCAAGAAUUUUGGUGGGAUGUUCGCACUCCGAUGGUUCCUAGGAAUGUCAGAAGCGGCAUUUUUCCCGCUGGUGAUCUACUAUCUGACGACCUUUUACCGUCGCGGUGAGCUCGCCAGACGACUAGCCAUCUUCUACGCGGCGUCCAAUAUCGCCAAUGCCUUCUCCGGCCUGAUCGCAUUCGGCGUAUUCCAAAUUAAACACUCCAGCAUUCCUAACUGGCGCUAUCUAUUCAUCAUCGAGGGCGGAGUAACUGUCCUCUUCUCCAUAUUCGCAUUCUGGUACCUCCCCCGCAGCGCCGCGGAAGCAAAGUUCCUCUCAGACGAAGAGAAAGCCCUCGCCUUGCAUCGUAUCCAAGUCGAUUCGAGUGCGGUAGUGAACGAAGAAUUUCGUUUCCGCGAAGCCCUCGGCAUCUUUAAGCACCCUAGCACUUACGUAUGGCUCUGCAUUGAAAUCUGUCUGGGAGUCCCCAUCCAAGGUGUCGCCCUUUUCUUACCCCAGAUUGUCCAGCGACUUGGCUACAGCACCGUCAAGACGAACCUAUACACAGUCGCUCCAAACGUCACCGGUGCAGUCAUGCUGCUGAUCCUGGCAUUCUGCUCCGAUGCAGUCCGUCUCCGUUCGCCUUUCAUCGUACUCGGAUUUCUCCUCACAUUCGCCGGUUUCAUGAUCUAUGCUUCCAUCGAUGACGUGCAAGCUCAGAUCCGCGUCGCGUAUUUCGCAACUUUCAUGAUGACCUGGGGAACUUCCGCCCCGUCCGUGUUGCUGAGUACAUGGUAUAACAACAACAUCGCGCACGAAGGCCGUCGUGUGCUACUUACCAGUAUCGGUGUGCCACUGGCCAAUCUGAUGGGUUUGGUGAGCAGCAAUGUCUUCCGCAGUCAGGAUAAGCCCAAGUACAUACCGGCAUUGAUCACAGUCGGGGCGUUUGGGGCCACUGGGGCCGCAUUGGCAGGGUGCUUGGGGAUUUACAUGUGGCUUGAUAAUAAGAGGCGCGAUCGCAGGGAUGGAGUGACGGUUAGAGCGCAGGAUGUGCCUACCGAGCGGUUGAGAGAUGGUCCUGCUAGUCCUGAGUUCCGGUGGUUUCUUUGA